GUCGCUGUUCCGCCACAGCGCCACACCGACGACGACGCCGACGCGCCAUCGCCUCACCUACUGCCCCGACCCCGUCCUCCUCUCCUCUCCCGCCAUGGCCACCACCUCCAUAUAACCCCCACCUCGCCUCACACCGUCGAUCCCCACCUUUCUUGAAUUGCUCGCUCGCUCCGAGAUCACAGGUGUUCGACGGACAUGGCGAGGGUGGCGGCGCUCGUGUUCUUGCUCGCCGCGGCGGCGACGGCGCUGACGUCGCCCGUGGCGGUGGAGGGCGGCGCGGCGGCGGACGCCGUGGUGGCCGGGCUGGGCGCGGCCGUGGUGAUGAGGCGGGGCGGGAGGACGUGCAGGGGGACGGUGGGGGAGUGCAUGGAGCACUUCGGCGUCGACGGCGAGGGGGAGGAGGAGCUCCUGGCGGCGGCGGCCGGCGGCGGCGGGAAGCGGCGGGUGCUGCAGGGCGGGUCCGGGUACAUCGGCUACGACGCGCUCCGGCGGGACAGCGUGCCGUGCUCGCAGCGCGGCGCCUCCUACUACAACUGCCAGCCCGGCGGCGAGGCCAACCCCUACUCCCGCGGCUGCUCCGCCAUCACCCAGUGCAGGGGAUAAUCUCAUGAUAUGUCUCGUCUCGUCUCAGUGAUCGAUUUGCCAUUUGGUUAAGCUAAUCAAUCCAAUGCCUAGCUACCAUGUGUAAUUUGCAGCAAGAAUUACUGCAGCGUCCUGUCCUUGAUCAAGCUAAGCUAAGCUAGGCUAGGCUAUAGCUAUCAAGAUCUCAGUGUCCUUGCAAGUGCCUGCCUGCCUCAUGCUUGGUUAAUUAGGUGUGUAAUGGUCUUAAUGGAUGGUGUCUUUCUUGCUGCUUUGGGUGAAAGUAAUCAAGAUUAUUUGCUUUUUAAUUGUGUAUGUAUGUCUGCAUAUUAACUGGUGUUUGCAUGAGUUUUUUUUUCUGUCCAUGAUUUUUGUUUUUGAGUAUUCCAAUAAAGAUUUGCAGAGAUGUUUGAUA